UAUUUUUUUGACGUUUCUUGGCUGUCUGUCUCUGUCUACAAAAUUGAAGCAAAUCGCGUGAAAGUUUUCAGUAAAAUCGAUAAACUCACCUUUUCUUUCUUCAAAACAUGAAUAAUUAGUGUGUUUACUGCUUACAAGAGACUCUUGUAACGAUCGAACAGCCGCUGUAAACGAAAUCCGUCCAUUCUCAAUAGUGCUUACGUGUGUACAAAAUAUCGGUACCAAAUCGUGAUCCUAUUGUUGUGUUCAGUUAUGAUAGUGUAAUUGGAAUAAAUAAUAAAGUGAAUCGGCUUAGUUAUGAAUAAAAAACCCGCCCGUACUGGUCCGAAAAUAAGAAUAACUCGAGCGGCGUUACGACUGAAAAAAAGCGACGAUCCUCCGCUAUUCCAGCCGAGGGCACUCGACGAGCAUAAAUAUAUCUACACCUGCCAGUAUUGCAGGUUAAAGUUUACUCAGAAUAGUCAGUUCUUCCGCCACAUGACGUCGAAUCACGAGAGCCAGCAGAAACAGGCGACUUACGAGUGCAAUAACUGUCAAGUCGUGUUUUCUAAGAAAGCUAACUUGGACUUGCACUGUCAGACGCAUCAUCAGGUCAAGAGUAAGUCGAGAUGUGAGUCUUGCUCCAUCACAUUCAAGUCCAGGCACUGUCUGCGAAGACAUAUGAAGCUGAAACAGCUUAUGACGGAGAACGCUUGCCUUAACUGUCAUAAGAAGUUUACGAAUAAAGACCGGUUAGCGAAACAUGUCAAGAAUAAGCAUACGUUCAAAAACGUGACGCAUCAGUGUGAUAUCUGCUCCGUCAAGUUUAAGGAGAAGGAAUCGCUGCUGAACCAUUUAAACCGUAUCCACAAGAAGUUAUGAUUCAGGAAACAUGUUAUAGUUUA